GUGUUCAGGGCCACAGGCUGGGAAAACACCAUCAGGAUGAAACAAGAGGAUCACCGUGCAAUAUGGAAGCUGUUGGAGCAGAAGGAGAAAACGAGAAAACUCUGCAUCAUGGAGAGGUCAGAGACUUACAAGGAUUAUCAAUAACAAAUAGUGAUGAAUCUCAGCCGGUGACUCCAGGAAAAAUGAGCCUGCGUCAGGGAAGGGAAGCAUUACAUCCCCAAACCAAAGAGUUGGUCCAUUCAUCACUCAGCCCUGGAAUCAGCAGCAACUAUGGAAAAAAUAGAAGGUACUUGGCUGUGUUGUUACGUAUUUACCAUCCUAUGGUCCAGUUGCUGGGAGGAGUGUACAUUGGCUCAUCUUGUUCACAAGGACCAGCAUUUUCCCUUUAGUUGCUCACUCAGUCAUUAGUAGCCUCGCAGCUACAAUUGCAACAGCCUCCACCUGAGCAGCACAGUGAUUUCAGUUUAUGGGAAAACCUCUGACUUAGAACAACCACAACAUGAAGGAAGAGAGUCUGAUGCGCCGUAGGUUUUCCUUGUGUGCUGGGCUACCAGGUGUGCUAUCAUCCAGAACUGAUGGACGAAAACUCAUGAGAAAUGCAUCUUUUGGUGGCUACAAUGAACUUCCUCCAUUAUUGCCAGGUUUGGACAAAGGUAGAGAUGAUGUGUCCUUCUCAAAGGAUGAUGCUACACACACCAUAUCAAAAAGCAAGUCAGAAUCCAAGCUUUACAAUGGAACAGAAAAGGAUCUUAUCUCACCUGGGAGUAAACUCACAAAAAAGGAGUCUCUUAAGGUUCAAAAGAAAAAUUACAGAGAAGAGAAAAAAAGAGCCACAAAAGAGUUGCUGAGCAGCAUUACUGAUCCCUCUGUAAUAGUGAUGGCAGAUUGGCUAAAGAUUCGUGGAACUUUAAAAAGUUGGACAAAGCUGUGGUGUGUACUGAAACCUGGAGUGUUGUUGAUCUACAAAACCCCAAAGAAUGGCCAGUGGGUGGGAACAGUGCUUCUUAACGCCUGUGAACUCAUUGAGCGGCCAUCAAAGAAGGACGGCUUCUGUUUUAAAGUCUUCCACCCCUUGGAGCAAUCCAUUUGGGCUGUAAAGGGUCCUAAAGGUGAAGCUGUUGGGUCCAUAACUCAGCCACUGCCCAGUAGCUACCUGAUAUUUCGAGCUGCUUCAGAAUCUGAUGGAAGGUGUUGGAUGGAUGCUUUGGAGCUUGCUCUGAAAUGUUCAAGCCUCCUUAAGCGAACGAUGAUUAGAGAAGGCAAAGAAUUUGAUCUAAACACCUCGGAGAACUGCCAUGUUGCACUUUUUGGAUUACUGCGAGCAAAUGCUCUCCAAAAUCCAGAACACUACCAGUUAAAUGAAAGUGAGAUAGAACAGCAGCACUUUAGAGACCAUGACCUUUACUCCGAUAAAUCAGAUAGGGAAAAUGAGCCUGACCAUGAGGAAUCGGAUAAUGAUGCACUGGAGAAAAGUGGAAAAAGUGAGGAAAGUGACUCAGACAUAUCAGAAAAACAUGAUGACCUGUACAGUGAUCUACAGCCUAUAGACGUAGUAAAGGAGACGUGUUACGUAGAAGAAGCCCAUGAAGAAUUGGGAGAGAUAGGUGAAGAUUCCCAGACAGAGGUCGUAUCUGAGGAGAACAAAAGUCUGAUAUGGACUCUGCUGAAACAAGUUCGCCCAGGAAUGGACCUCUCUAAAGUUGUGUUGCCUACAUUUAUCCUGGAGCCAAGGUCAUUCCUAGAUAAGUUAUCCGACUACUACUAUCAUGCAGACUUUCUAUCACAAGCUGCAGCAGAGGAAAACCCAUACAGUCGUUUGAAGAAAGUUACGAAAUGGUAUUUGUCUGGCUUCUACAAAAAACCAAAGGGCUUGAAGAAACCAUACAAUCCAAUUAUUGGUGAAACAUUCCGGUGUAUGUGGAUUCACCCAAAAGCAAACAGUCGGACAUUUUACAUUGCAGAACAGGUCUCUCAUCAUCCUCCUGUCUCUGCAUUCUAUGUCAGUAAUAGAAAAGAUGGAUUUUGUGUCACUGGUAGCAUUUUGGCCAAAUCAAAAUUUUAUGGCAAUUCAUUAUCUGCCAUAUUGGAUGGUGAAGCUAGACUUUCUUUCCUCAACAGAGGGGAAGAUUAUAUAAUGAGCAUGCCCUAUGCUCAUUGCAAAGGAAUCGUUUAUGGUCCAAUGACCCUUGAACUUGGAGGCUAUGUUAAUAUCACAUGUGAGAAAACAGGGUACAGUGCAAUAAUUGAAUUCAAAUUGAAGCCAUUUUUAGGCAACAGCAACAAUGUUAACCAGAUAGUUGGAAAAAUCAAGUUGGGGUCAGAAGUUUUGGCUACUCUGGAAGGGCACUGGGAUGGUGAAGUAAUGAUUAAUGACAAAAAGACUGGUGUAUCAGAAGUAUUCUGGAACCCUACGCCUGAAAUCCGACAACAGAGACUAACCAGGUGUACUGUGCUCUUUGAUGAACAGGAAGACAUGGAGUCAGCAAAACUGUGGCAGCUUGUAACUUGUGCAAUACAUAACAAGGACCAGAAUGAAGCUACGAGUGAAAAGUUUGUCCUGGAAGAAGCUCAACGUAAAGCUGCCAAACAGCGGAAAGCAAAGGGAGAGGAAUGGAUUCCUCGCUUGUUUGAACAAGAUCUAGUCACUGGAGAGUGGCAAUAUAAAUAUGCAGACACCAGACCCUGGGACCCACUGAAUGACCUCGUUCAAUAUGAAAAAGAAGGUGUCAUCCAGUCAAAAGUUUGGCACCGAACUCCAAUGGUACGUUCUGCCAGUAUAAUUAGUCUCAGUAACCAAGGGGGAAGGAAAGACAAUUACAAGCGUCAGGUUUCUGUGCAAAAACGUACCCGGAGUAAGCACAGUGGGCAGCAGAGUCCUGAAAGUGGCUGCUCCAGUCCAGAACUAGAUCAGCAGGAUUCAUCGGAGAGUGAAAAACAAAAGGCAACGAAGCACAACACAAGACUGAGGAAGAAAGCAAGUGAUCUUAGUGAACUUCUGAGUGCCAUAGAUUCAAUAAAACAUGCACAGGAGGAGAUCAAUAGAAGUUUGACAGCUCUACGGAAUCGAACAACAGCAAGCCAGUCUGAUGCAAAUCACUCCCUUUUGCAGCACAGAGACUAUGUGGUUAUUCUCUUCCUCAUCCUCCUUCAGAUUAUUAUUAACUCCAUAUUCAAUUAACCAUGACCAGAACCAAACAAAGCCAUAUAUUGGAGUGAGCAGGAUCAGCUUUCUGAAGGAUCAUUCUUCAUCACAUGUGGAUCUCUGACUAUAAGGGUGCCAGACAUUAUGUGGGACUAAAUGUGCUUCUAAUUUGAUGACAAAGUGCUUUGAAAACUUUUCAUUUCAUGUAUUAUAUUAUGUAUAUUUAAUUAUCUUACAAUGAAAUACAAUGCUUUAAAAAAACACUCCAUGCUCGCUCAUGCUCCAUACAUAACUGGUUAGGUACAAGGAUCAAUUUUUACAACUGCUGUAGUUAAGCCAGUUUUAGCAGAAGCCAUAUACUAAAUAAUGUGCAAAUGUUCGAAUACCACUAACAGCAGAAAUACAGAAGUGCAUUUUCAACAAUUUCUGAAUGCUGUUUCUAGUAUUCCCUGUUAACCAAUGCUUCGUUUAUGAAUGUUACAGUCCCUUAAGAGAGACAAGUAAGUUUAGCGUACAUGUUCAGUUUGGAUUAAAUUACUUUUAGCAGGGUCCAAAGUAUAUUUGUAUUUAAAAGGUCAAAAUGUAUUCUAUAGGGGCAGGAUGCUGGAAGAAUGUAAAGCAGUGCCUUCUGGAUGACUUCACACUGGUAUUCAGUAUAUGCUAAUAACAAAUAUCUUGGGCUGUGCCAUAGGGGAAAAAAGCCUUAUAACAUUCCAAAUGUGGAGUUUUGUCUUUAAGUUUAUUUUAAUGUCUCAAGUUGUCAUGACCUAACACUGCCAUUAAUACCUGUAUGGUAGCUUGUAAAGUCAGAUUUUAUUCUGGUCAUUUAUAGUAAAAUUAAUCUAAACAUAUCUUUAACAAGUUGAGUUUAUUUUGCAUCAGUUAUUCCUGUUAUGUGCAAUCUGGGGUUGUAUGUAACUUUCCUUUUGUCCGUCCCAACCUAUUGCAUAUAACACGAUUGCAUUGUAAUUCUGAUUCUGGGUGUACUAUACAAAGGUUAUUUCUGCAAAUCUAGCACAUGUUUAAACCAGCGUCUUUCCAAAUGUUAUUGUUGCAUUAACCUAUGGUGACUGUUAGAAAAAACUGAUUAUGCUUAUAAGGACCAGUGUUGUAUUUUUUUAUGUAUUAAAAGAAGUUGGACAUGUGUGAUUGAAGAAAACCAUUGGUAGGAUCAUGUGAAUGUUUUAUCAAUAUACCUACGUAUUUAUUCAUAAAACAGCCUUUUGUUAACUAAGAUUUAUCAAAGUUCUUUGUUUCCAUAAAUUCUGUUUUUACCAAGGUUCACUAAACCAAUAAAAUAUCUAAACAAA